GCCUUCGCCAUCAUCGCCGCGCGCCGCCGCCCGGGAGUGACGCGCGGGCUCCCGGCACCUGCCAGCAUGGAGGAGGCGGGGGCGGGCGGCGGCGCGGCCCCGGCCCCGGCGCUCGCCGAGCUGCUGGCGGACGAAUGUUACGCUGACUUCUUCAGAGAAGACUUUGAUGUGAAAGCCUACACUUCCCAGUCUAUCCAUCAGGCUGUGAUAGCUGAGCAACUGGCAAAACUUGCCCAAGGUAUUAGUCAGUUGGAUAAAGAGCUUCAUUUACAAGUUGUUGCAAGGCAUGAAGACCUGUUGGCCCAAGCAACUGGAAUUGAAUCCCUGGAAGGUGUCCUCCAAAUGAUGCAGACGAGAAUUGGUGCUUUACAGAGUACUGUUGAUAGAAUUAGAGUUAAAAUCGUUGACCCCUACAACAAAAUAGUGUCUCGCACAGCUCAGCUAGCAAAACUUCAAGCUGCCUGUGACUUGCUGCGGAGGAUAAUACGCAUCUUGUAUCUCAGUAAGAGACUUCAAGGACAACUGCAAGGAGGAAGCAGAGAGAUAACAAAAGCUGCCCAGAGUCUCAAUGAACUUGAUUACCUUUCUCAAGGGAUAGAUCUCUCUGGAAUAGAAGUAAUUGAAAAUGAUCUGCUUUUUAUUGCAAGAGCUCGCCUUGAGGUGGAAAAUCAGGCUAAAAGGUUGCUUGAGCAAGGCGUGGAGACUCAGAAUCCUACUCAGGUGGGAACUGCUCUUCAGGUUUUCCAUAACCUUGGGACUUUGAAGGAUACCAUUGCUAAUGUGGUGGAUGGAUACUGCAUAGUCCUGGAGGAGAACAUAAAAACUGCUUUGGAUAUCAAAGUACUGACCCAACCAUCUCAAGCUGUUACAAGAGGUGGCCCUGGUAGAGCUGCUAUGCCAACACCUGGGAACACAGCAGCUUUUCGAGCCGCCCUCUGGACAAACAUGGAGAAACUCAUGGAUCAGAUCUGUGCUGCUUGCGGACAGGUGCAGCAUUUGCAGAAAGUAUUGAUGAAGAAAAGAGAUCCUGUGUCACACGUCUGCUUCAUAGAGGAAAUAGUUAAGGAUGGCCAGUCUGACAUUUUGUACAAAUUUUGGACUGCAGUGACUCACACACUUUCCUCUCAGUUCCAGUCAGCAACAGACUCCUCUAUGUUUUUAAAACAAGCUUUUGAAGGAGAAUACCCUAAAUUACUGAGGCUUUAUAAUGACUUGUGGAAGCGCCUGCAACAAUACAGUCAAAAUAUUCAGAGGAAUUUUAACACAAGUGGAACUGCUGAUCUCUUUGCUGAACUGCAACAAAUGGAAGAAGAUACACAGGACAUAUUCAUGCAGAAAACCCAAGAUUAUGAUCCAGAAAAAGCCUUGAAAGAUUCACUGCAACAGUAUGAAGCUGCUUAUUUGUCAAAAUCCUUAUCUCGACUCUUUGACCCUAUCAAUCUUGUCUUCCCUCCUGGAGGUCGGAAUCCACCCUCUUCUGACGAGCUUGACAGCAUCAUUAAAACUAUAGCCAGUGAGCUAAAUGUGGCUGCUGUUGAUCAAGACCUGAGUUUAGCUGUGGCAAAAAAUGUGGCAAAGACUGUUCAGCUCUAUGGUGUAAAGUCUGAGCAGCUUCUGUCUACUCAAGGAGAUGCCAGCCAGGUGAUCGGACCCCUCACAGAGGGACAGAGGAGGAAUGUAGCUGUAGUUAACUCGCUGUACAAACUGCACCAAUCAGUUCUGAAGGUCAUUACCAAUCAGAGCUCGUUUCCAGCAGCUGCUGAGCAAACAGUCACAACUGCCUUAAAGGCAGUCCAUGAUCUGAUGGGUAGUGCUGUUCAACCGUUACUGAACUCUGUAGGAGAUUCAGUAGAAGCUAUUAUCAUCACUAUGCACCAGGAAGAUUUUUCUGGAUCAUUAUCCGGCUCAGGAAAACCAGAUGUCCCUUGUUCUCUGUACAUGAAAGAACUACAGGGUUUUAUAGCAAGAGUCAUGAGCGACUACUUCAGACAUUUUGAGUGUUUUGACUUUGUCUUUGAUAACACUGAAGCCAUGGCUCAAAGAGCAAUUGAACUUUUCAUUCGCAAUGCCAGUCUAAUAAGGCCCCUUGGUGAAGGUGGGAAGAUGCGGCUUGCAGCAGAUUUUGCACAGAUGGAGUUAGCAGUAGCACCGCUGUGUCGGCGAGUCUCUGACCUAGGAAAAUGUUACAGGCAGCUGAGGUCGUUCAGACCACUGCUGUUCCAGACCAGUGAGCAUAUUGCCAGUAGCCCAGCUCUGGGAGAGGUUAUUCCAUUCAGCAUUGUUCUUCAGUUCUUAUUUACAAGAGCACCACCAGAGUUAAAAUCACCCUUUCAGAGAGCCGAGUGGUCCAUUGCCCGCUACUCCCAAUGGCUUGAUGAUCAUCCAUCUGAAAAAGACAGGCUUGCUCUCAUACGUGGUGCACUGGAAGCUUACGUUCAGUCAGUAAGAACAAGAGAAGGAAAGGAGUUUGCAACAGUCUAUCCCAUAAUGGUUCAGCUGCUGCAGAAAGCAAUGUCAACCCUUCAGUGAACAUACCUGGACAACUCUCUCAAACAGGGAAUGGACAGCAACACAGUCACGGGGCUUUGGUACCACAUCAGUACUUAGGGUUCAUGCAAAUUACUCCCAAGUACAUAAGCUUUACAAUUAAUGUGUUUACUUACUUCACUGGCGAAACCUCCAUCUUCUUGCUUUACGUUCGCAUUGUAGGAACUUAUUUAUACACAAAUAAGGAAAUUGUAUAAUUUUUAUGUGCUCUAAGUCUGCAUCUAAUAAAAUUGAAUCACUUCAGCAUUCCUUUUGAAUUUAGAAAGGUAUAAAAUUAGAACGUACUCAAAUAUUACAGUAUAAUUGCUGAAUAUCUCAAUAAGGAAGUAGCUCUUUUCCUAUAGUUUUAAACAGUUGGAUACAUUUUAGGCUUUUUGAGAAGACUAUUCUAGCCUUUCAAAAGUACUAUCAGUUCCCAUCUAAAAAUCACUGAUUUUAACACAAGGAAAAAUAUUUAUAAGUAAUGUAAAUGAUUCUCUAUUGCGCUUCUGUUUGCUUUGGAAUAACUUACAUUGAUUUCAGCUCUUCUUUUGUUUAAACUGUAAUAAAGAACAUUGACUAUCCAA